UUUUAUCCUCAUAAAUUCUCUCUCUCUCUCUCACAACGUACAAAAAAAUCUCUUAUGCAAUUUGGCAUAGAAAUAAUGCAAAUAUUGUUGGACUAACUGAUCAACUUGCCCUUUAAGAUAAAUAAGCUGUGUGACUUCUCCAUGAUGAGAAAGCCACAAGUUUAUGGUUGGUAAAAUGGCCUUAGAAACUGUGGUGUUCCAACAAGACCUAUUUGGUUUUGGUUGCAGAGAUAUCUACACUUCUCUUGGAGGAGCUGGAGAAGACGAAGAAGCUUAUAAUGAAACUCUGUCUGGUUUCAAUUCAAAUCACUGGGAUUCUUCACCGUUUUCAAUGGGGCCUAAUAAUGUGAAAGACAGCGACACAAACUCUUCCUUUCAAGAAAACUGCGCUGGUGAUGGAUUUUUCACCGGAGGAUUUUCUGCAGCCGGAACUAGUGGCCGGCGAAAGAGAAAACGUAGCAUAAGUGUCAAGAACCAGAAAGAAGUUGAGCAUCAGAGAAUGACACACAUUAACGUGGAACGCAAUCGGAGAAAACAAAUGAAUGACUAUCUUGCUGUGCUUCGGUCCAUGAUGCCUGCCUCUUACGUUCAAAGGGGAGACCAGGCAUCAAUCGUAGGGGGAGCCAUUAACAUUGUAAAGGAGCUAGAGCAACUCCAGCAAUCCCUUGAAGCCCACAAGAGAAUCAAGAAAGAAUCAUCAGACAGUCGUGAUUUUUCCCGUCUCUUCUCAGAAUUUUUUACCUUCCCUCAGUAUUCAACCCGUUCAACAACAACAGCAGAAGAUCAUGAUCAGUCAUCAAUGGCGGCCAAGAGGCAAUCGAUCUCUGCAGAAGUUGAAGUGACAAUGAUAGAAAGCCAUGCGAAUCUCAAAAUACUAACAAGACGACACCCAAAACAGCUAUUGAAGAUGGUGGUUGGGUUGUACUCUCAUUGCCUUAGUAUUCUUCAUCUAAAUGUUACAAGUGUUGAUCAAAUGGUACUCUAUUCUUUUAGUGUUAAGGUUGAAGAAGAGUGUCAACUGACUUCUGUCAAUGAGAUUGCAGCUGCUGUGUAUGAGAUGGUGGCUAGGAUGCAAAAGGAGGCUAUUUCUAAUUUGUCAUGUGAUUGUUAAUUUAAUGUUUUCUACUUUACAUAUCAGUGUGAAUGAAUUGGUAGAAUUUAGCUUUAAUCUCCUCCUCCUUGUUCUUAUUGUUGUAGCUGGGGUUGCUCAAAGAGUCAUGACAAAAGCUUAUAAACACUCAGAACAUUAUUAUCA